UUAUUUUUUUAAUUUAAAAAAAUCUUACCACAGAACCCCACUUGAUGAAUUAUUGUGUGAAUGACAGAAAAUAUUGAAGUGGUGAGAACCCAACAUACUCCAUAGGUGAAAGAUGUAAUCUCACAAGAUUAUUUAAAAUUACUUUUAGUUUAUAUAUACACUUUAUUUAUCAUAGCUUUCUCCUUCUACUUGUUUCAACAUGCCUAAAUCUACAAGAGCUUAUGAAUGUGUUAGAAAAGCUUGGCAUAGUGAUAGACACCAACCAAUCAGAGGUUCCUUUAUUCAAGAAAUUUUCAGGAUUGUGAAUGAGGUUCAUGGCUCAGCAACUAAGAAGAAUAUGGAAUGGCAAGAGAAACUUCCUAUAGUUGUUUUUAGAGCUGAAGAAAUUAUGUAUUCCAAAGCCAAUUCUGAGGCUGAGUAUAUGGAUCUUAAAACACUUUGGGAUAGAUUGAAUGAUGCUAUUGACACUAUCAUUAGAAGAGAAUACAAAGAUGAGUCUAACUCUGGAGGCCUAUUACAACCUUGUAUUGAAGCUGCUUUGCAUUUGAUCUCAACAAAAAGAAUAAGGAACACUUGUCCAAGAUAUUAUCCAACUCCACAGGCUAAUGGAAAUUCACAUGAAAAUCCUUUUUCUAACAUUCAAUUUUUCUCAAAACUGAAAAAUUCUACCUCACAAUCUAACAAAAUGCUUCCUUUCUCAACUCUGAAAUUACCAAUGCAGACUACCCCUACUUCACCUUCUUCUUGUUCUAUAUAUCCUUUGUAUCAUGGUUGUCCAUCUGAACCUUCUGGUCCCAAAUUUGGCUCCACAAGUGAUGACAAAUCGAAUGAGAACAAAAAGAUUGCUCUGUCGCGUAAUUUAAAUGCUUCGAGUGAAACUUCUCGGGUUGAUUUUGAAGAUGUUUCUGAAAAUCACACUGUAAUAGGGUGUGAUUUAUCGCUGCGACUGGGCUCCUUUUUGGUUCCAUGUACUAGAAUUGAGAAGGAGGAUGAAAAAGCUAGUGAUUUGUGCAAGUUGAAUGAUCUAUCUCCGCAGUUCAAUAAAGGAUUGUCAUUUUUCUCGAAGGAAAAUGCUGAUAAAAACCAGUUUGAAUCAUCUUCAAUGAGUCCAGAUAGUCAAAAUUUGAAUGUAAAGUCAGUUUUGGCGAAGAGAAAGAACGGUGAGGAUGAGCAGAUAAAUUUGCCAGUGAAGCAACAUUUUAACAAAUUCAAGUCCUAAAUUUUUAACUUAGGUUUGAGUAUUUCUCUUGACUAAUUUGGAUGUAGUAGUUUUGCAUUUCCUUUUGUUUGUAACAACAUUAUAUGUCCCUAAUUUUGAAGUGUUAAUUACUACUCCAUAUUCAAUGAGUUCCAAGAA